UAAUUUUUUGUGCUGAUUUUGGGUUUUCUCUUUUUCUUCUCCUAUAGUCUAUAGCAGUCAGUUCAGGUGAUGAGGAGGGUUCUUCAUAUACAGCUGCAACAUUAAUUAGGGUUAGGGUUAUCGCAAAAUAUGGACACUCCUGAAUCUAAAUCAACUCCGGCUAACACCCGCAAAAUCAAAUUAAUCAAUCCUUCUUCAUCAGAUUCUCCAGCUUUUCAAGACUCACCUGUAUUCAAUUACAUAAGCAACCUGUCUCCCAUACAGCCUGUCAAGGCUGGACCUGUUGCUCAAGGAUUUCCUGGGCUAGCUUCACCUCCCCUUGUAUUUACAUCACCGCGCAUAAACUCACUUACAAAUUUCUUUAACAGGAAACUACAAUCUUCGGGGCCUAAUUUAGAAAUUUCUCAAGACCAUGACAGUUGUCAGAAAGAAGAAAGUGACCAGGGUGAUUCAGUAAAAUUAGUUCGCAGUGAUCAAAAGACCUGCAACGCAGAGAAGUUACCACUAGUUCCUACUUACAGUUCGUCUGGUUGUGAUGAUUUCUUAGCCGAUCCUGGGCAAUGUGCUAAUUCUUCACAAAUAAUACAAUCUGGCGAUGCCCCUCCAUCUCUAGAUGGUGGCUGCUUGAUGAAACUAGAUAUUGGUAAUGCCAGAGCUGUGGGCCUGAAUAGUUCAACAUUGCAAAAGAGUAAAAGAGGUGCACAAGCAAAGUCUAGGAUUAGUGUCAGGCUGGUGAAAAAUGAACCGCGACAUUUAAUAUCAUCUUCUGAAUGUUCGGGUGCCUUACCCAGGUUGUUGACGGAUCAUGCAUCCGAAAAAUGCCAACCUGGAGAUUCUUUCAGUGAGGCCAGUAAUUUUGAACGUGGCACUCUCAGGCGUUGCCUUUUUGAUGAGAGUCAAAGAAAUUAUUCUGCUGACGAAUCUGGUUUUUGGGACCCCAUUGCUAAUGCCCAGAUUCAAGAGUCUGUUAACAUGCCCACUGGAAAAACAGGGAGUAGGCAAAUGAACAACCUCUCCAAACCCGCUGUUGGUUCGUGUGUUUCUUCAAUUACUGGGAAUAAUCCUGUUGUCAUCCCAAAGCCACUAGGUAUAGGGUUGCAUUUAAACAGUGUAGUUUACCCCAGAUCAACGGAUAGUGCAAUUGGUAGUCAGCAACCAUCUGUGUUGAGAGUGGAAGGAAAAAAGUUGUUUUUUCUCACGAACAAUCAAUCAGAUGGAAAGGUUGAUGCUUCCAAUGUAAUAGAGAAAGUUCUAGUUAGCUCUGAGGAGCUAGAUCAACAUCAGGUCUGCUUAGUACCUUCUUCUGACAACACCAUAGCUUCAGAUGCUAUCGAACAAUUUAACAAUGCCAUUGAGACGAAGUUAGAUGCUUCUUCUACAAUUACAAAUGAGAUAACAUUAAGUUCAGACCUUGCUGAAAAUAAUGAGUCUAGUCUCGGAAGCCCAAAGAAGAAGAGGAAAAAGAUAUCAAGCUCUACUGACGAUGACACAACCAAGCGAUGUAAUUGCAGAAAGACAAAAUGUUUAAAACUUUAUUGUGAUUGUUUUGCUGCGGGAUUCUACUGUGGUGAAUCCUGUGCUUGCGUAGGAUGCUUUAAUCGACCUGAAUAUGAAGAUACAGUUCUAGAGACAAGGCAGCAAAUCGAGUCCAGAAAUCCGCUUGCAUUUGCCCCAAAAGUUAUGCAGACAGUCACAGCUUCUCCUACCAUCAGCAAGGCUGUCGGCAAUCUGUCAACUCCGUCCUCGGCAAGGCAUAAAAGAGGAUGCAAUUGCAAAAAAUCUAUGUGCCUUAAGAAAUACUGCGAGUGCUAUCAGGCUAAUGUUGGAUGUUCUGAGGGAUGCCGUUGUGAAGGAUGUAAAAACAUAUAUGGAAUAAGAGAAGAUUAUAAUUUUGCCCGAGAAAUUAUGCUUAAGAGAGCAUCUGUUGAAACGUCAGAAGGGGCGAUUUCUGUCAAUAAUAAUUUUGUCAGCAGUAGGGUUCACAGCCCCCCUAACCUGACACCAACUACACCAGCAUUACAGUGCUCAGACCAGAAAAAGAAUGCACUCGAAUCUCGGCUACCUUUUAGGAAGUUUUUGCAGUCUCCAGAUUCUAGUCAUGACAUGUUAACAUCUGAAGAAAAUUUGGCUUCUCCGAGAAAUUCACAGAACCAUAAUGAGAUUUUAGAAAAGAAUAAAUGUAUGGAUGUAGAUGUCCAUGAUGCAGAAAUAGGUCCAGAGAACAUAGAAGACAGACUAGUACCUCCUGGUGAUGAGUCCUUAUAUGCACAUUGUUCAUCUCAAUCAUCAAAUACUGAUGCAAAAAAUAGCAAGUUGAGAAAUAUUUCACAGCUUGAAUCUUUUGCUGAAAGUGGUCCCGUGCCACCAAGUAGUUCCCUUCGAUGGCGAAGUUCACCCAUUACUCCAAUCACGCAGUUGACCGGUUCUGAACUCAAAGAUUUUGGUACAGGGAGCAAACACUCUGACAUGUUUGAAGAUGACACCCCUGAGAUAUUGAAGCACUCUUCUACCCCCAUCAAGUCCGUGAAAGUGACCUCCCCUAAUAAGAAGCGCAUCUCACCCCCUCACAAUCAUAUGAAUCCUUCAGAAUCCUUGAAAAGCAGCCGCAAAUUUGUAUUGCGGGCUGUGCCGUCAUUUCCACCGCUUACACCAUAUUCCAAAAACAGCAGCGUUGUCAACAGAGAGUAAACGCUAAAUUUAAGAUACCAUAUUUAUGUUAUCCACAUUUCCAACUUCUGGGAUCAUAUGGUUUGGUGUGUAUCAGCUUGCACAAGCAGUAUUUUCAGAAGAUAUUAGUACUGAUUGCAGAGGUUUGUCUCCUGAACUCUGGAUAUGGGAAGCAAUUUCUUAUUUGAGAAAUGUCUGUUCUUCAGCCAACAAGCUGCGACAUGGUACUAGGAACUCCAACGGCCUCAUUUUCAGUCGAUCUACCCCAAAUCUGAUCGAUAAUCUGCUUGUAUUUAUACUAAGAUCUUGAGAUGUAACGUCCUUUCUGUUUUCGCUCUCUUCUUCGCUCCUUGGGCUAUUAUUUUUUCUCUCCUCUGAAUGAAUAUUUUUAGGGGUUUAAGAAAGCAGGUAAAUAAUGGACUUGUACCCCAACUUAAUUAAUUGUCACAAAUUGUUUGACAGUUAUAAUUCAGCAUAAUUCUUCUUCGACCA